CACAAACCAGCCACUUCUGUUCAGUGUAAGCAAGAUGGUGGCGGGGAGGUGGCCGCUCGGCCCAUACUCGCUCCUGUUGUUCCUUACGUGUGCCGCCUCAGCGCCAGAACUCGCUCUGGGCCUCUCUGAGGCCGGCAAGUGGAGGCUAAGAGUCGGCGGGAAUCAAUCUCAAACUCAAUUUGUACAGAAGAAAACAUUGUUUAACAGCUCUUACAUUACCCUGAAGUGGACCCAGGAGAAUUGUGACUCGCAAAUAAACCUGAACGUCUCAUGGUAUUUGAGAAGUUUUCAUUGCUUUGAUGAAUAUUCUGCAGUGAAUGAUGACGCAGCAGCAAAAUAUUUUGGUUCUGCCACAGAACAGCGGAAAGAUGGAAGUGGUUAUUACAUUCUACAUUGGUACGGUCUUUUAAAAUGUCAGAAUAACUCCAUUUAUGGGGAGCGGCCAAUAAAGGUUUUUGACCAACCAAAGCCGUUGCUGAAUAGAACUUCGAACAUUGAACCUGAAGUCAAUCCCAAACCAGUUGCCAAAAGAAGUACAGAGAUCAAGAAGGGCUCAGUUGCAAAGACUUGGGAGGAUGCCCCAUACGUUUUCAUCAUUCAGGUUGAAGAUACAGGACGAAAGGCUACCUCUCCUAAUAGGAAUUGGAGCUUAAUUUUAGAAGUAGAAAUGUUGGGACCCCAUGGAUACAUUUCUGCCACAGAUUGGCCCUCCAUGAUUUUUUACAUGGUGAUGUGUAUCAUCUAUGUGCUCUACAGUGUUGUCUGGCUUUUCCUGUUGGCUUGUUACUGGAAGGAUUUGCUUCGGAUCCAGUACUGGAUUGGUGGGGUCAUCCUGCUAGGGAUGUUGGAGAAAUCGGUCUUCUAUGCUGAAUUCCAUACAAUCUCUCAGCAAGGAGUGUCAGUUCAUGGUGCAGUGAUUUUUGCAGAGCUGCUAUCAGCUGUGAAACGUACCCUUGCCCGGAUCCUGGUCAUUAUCGCAGCACUUGGCUAUGGUAUUGUCAAACCUAGGCUGGGAACCACUUCGAGUCAAGUCAUUGGAAUUGGCCUGCUGUAUCUGUUAUUUUCAUCAGUAGAGGGAGUCCUACGCGUUGCUGUGGAGCACUCUACGGCAGCCAUGACCAUCUGUGAGAUUUCUCUUGCGUUGAUAGACUCCUGUAUUGUAUGGUGGAUCUUCGUGAGCCUGUCACAGACAAUGAAGCAACUGAAACUCCGAAGAGCACUGGUGAAGCUCUCAUUGUACCGACACUUCACCAAUACUUUAAUCUUUGCUGUUUUUGCUUCAGUGAUUUUUAUUAUCUGGGUGACUAUGACGUUCAGGCUUCCAGCCUGUCAGUCGGAUUGGAGGGAGCUGUGGAUAGAGGAUGCAUUCUGGCGGUUUCUCUUCUCCAUUUUGCUGCUUGUCAUAAUGUUCUUGUGGAGGCCAUCUGCAAAUAACCAGAGAUAUGCUUAUUCUCCAUUGGUAGAUGAAAUUGAUGAUGAAGAGGAAGAGGAGCAGUUAAUCAGUGAAGCAUUUGAGGGAAUGAAGAUAAGACCCAUAAAAUCAGAAUCUAAUGGCACAGUCAAACCCAAUAAAAUGGAUGAAGACCUCAAAUGGGUUGAAGAGAACAUCCCAGCUUCACUAACUGAUGUUGCAUUGCCGACCCUGCUGGAUUCAGAUGAGGAAAUGAUGACCACCAAGUUCGAAAUCUCCAAAAUGGAAUAAUUGGUGACUGUUACAGGCAAAGCUUUAAUUUUGAAAUCCACGUCAUCUUCUGCAGCAGAUUUAACUUUUGGAUCUCUUUUAUUUAAAAGAAAAUGAAGAAACAUCUGAAAUGUUCUUUGGUGUUGUGACUUUCUGAAAUGGCAUAAAAACAGUACUUUUCAUUUUGGAAACUCAGCCGAACAGUUUUAUGAAACUAUUUUUAAAACACUGCUUUUACAUUCUCUCCAUUGCCCCUGAAACUUGGUUUAAAUUCUGUGAAAUACCACCAGCAGAAUUCUUUGGAGCCAAGGUGUUUUCCGCAUGGGAGUGCGAGGAUCACGGACCAAGCUGAGCAAAGUAAUUGUGAUUCCAGUGAAACCAGCUGGGCAUUGUAAAACUUACCACCUGUAUGUGAAAGUGGUUAGGCUGAAUAUUUAGAUACGGUACGUCCAUGCCUAUCUAUACGCAAAUAGCCUUUUUGUCAUUAUUUAAGACAAAUAAUAAAAAGGAACAAAGCCAA